GUUACUGUCACACCGUGCGAUAGCAUGUGUUUACUCGAUUUUAUGGGUCCUUUUGUUACACGUGAUAACUAUAAACGGGACAUAGCGAUUUCCUGAAUGAGCAUUUGAGGAUGUGUAUUGAUUAAAAAAAAAAAGAAUGGAAUAAUUCGCUCCUCUUUCUCAAUUCACAUUUAUGACGAGCAUCGGGCGACACUGCACUGGAAAAUUACUGGAGGAUUGAUACGCUUUCACUAUAUCGCUAUUCAUGAACACUAUCCAAGAUUCAUUUACGGAUUGAACUAUUGCGAAUAUAGUCACAUAAGAAUUAAUAGUUUUAUACGAAUAUGAAGCUAUAUUACAGAAUUAUUUGCACACUGUGUGGUAUGCUGUUAGGGACAUCGUUUAUAAUGUGGUUACUGCAGGAUAUAUGGCAAUCGACAGCCUCGGUAAAGAUUGAUCGUUACAACUCUUCUAAUACGCAAGAAGUUUCAUCAAUCGUCGCAUCAAAAUACGGAAAAACAAAUCUAAACCAUCUUAGCACUGGAAAUGAAUUUUCUAAUAUUCAGAAACAAGAACACUGCAACGGAAGUUUCAUUGGAUUUAAUCACAAAUUUGCACUGUUAACAAAUGUUGUUAUACUUCCUGAUAGGGGUGUUGGCCGCUCAGGUGGGGAAAACAUAUCUCAGGUACAAAAUCAAAGGGAGGAUGAUGAGUAUUAUACGCUUCAAAAGGGAUAUUUUACAUUAAGGUGCCUUACUAGAUCAAUAAAUUAUGAAUUCAAUAAAGUAAGUCAUUUAAAUAAAUGGUUGAACGCUGUGGAACUCAUACAAUCUUCGUACAUAAGUGAACGGCGUGUUGAGCUCUACACACUAGCAGUUCAAAGGUAUGAAUAUGCAAACUUGUAUCACACUAUGACUGACUUUUAUAAUGUAUUCUUUAUGCUGGAAAUGUUUAAUAUUAAAGUGGAAAAUGUCCUAAUACUGUUUUUGGAUGGCCACCCUCAGGGUGCAUUGGACACGACAUGGGGCAAACUAUUUAAUGGAUUUAUACGAGCCAGUGGUAUCAAACAACCUACCAUGUUUACGAAUAUGGUGUGGCCUACCGUUGGGUACGACAGCCCAUUAAAUGAGCAUGAAUUAAAAGGCGUCCCAAAAUUAGAGGAAUUUAGAACGUUUUUCCUUCGACAACAUGGCAUUGCCAUAAACGAUAAACUAAGUUGUGAUAAUUUAACAAUUGUAUUUCUGUGGCGACGAGAUUAUGUAGCACAUCCAAGAAACCCAUCUGGAACCGUAUCGAGAAAAAUAAAGAAUGAAAAAGAACUAGUGGCAGCCGCGAAACAACAUUUAAGGGAACACUCGAUAUUGGAUAUUCAAAUUGAUCUUUUGGCUAUGAGAGAUCAGUUGAAGAUGGUAUCACACACAGAUAUCCUGAUUGGAAUGCAUGGCGCAGGUCUUUCCCACACCCUAUUUUUACCUCGACACGCAGGGCUUAUAGAGUUAUACCCUACCUACUGGUCAACAGCUAAUGUGCAUUUUAAGAGUAUGGCUCGAUGGCGCGGCCUGCACUACCGAAGUUGGCAAAACAGUGACAUAACGAAAGAACUUAACGAUAAGUACACAGUCGUUGAUGUUAACAGUGUCAUGGCUUUAUUAAGUAGCAUGGUGCAUGAGAUAUGUACAUCUUAGUUGAACACAAGUUAAAUGGUUCCUUUGUAUUGGUAAGAGAUGUAAUAAAUGAAUACUCGUAUUCGAAAGUUUGAAUAAAAAGUUUAUAUUAAAUCGACAUAGCUUAUUGUGCAAAACAAUCAUGGUUUGAACACAUAUAAAAUAGAAUACGGAUUGUUA